AUGCAACUCUCCUCUGUUCUAUCCUUGACAGCUCAAAUUCGGGACAUUGCUCAGAGCCCAAAUGAGUCUGGUCAUCGCGUUGCCAAACUGCUCCAGCUUGUGGAUGAGUUGAAACUGGCUGUAGAGACGCCUACGGAGACUAUUCUUCGGUUGAUAUACCAGCCACCUGCCAAUGCAGCAUUACGCACUGCCGUUGACCUGAGGAUCUUUCCGCUGCUGGCAAAGAACGAGGUCCUGUCCGCUACAGAGUUGGCAAUUUCAACCGGUGCUGACAGGGGCUUGAUCAUCCGUCUUAUGCGCGUUAUGACUGCUCUGGGUCUCUGUGCCAGUGACGAAGGGGAAGUCUACAGGGCUACUGAAAGAACUAUCACUAUGACCCAACCAAUAGGCCGUGACGGCAUUCCAUGCAUAUACGACAUCACUCUCCCAACUCUCGCCAAACUUCCCGAAUACCUCCGUCUACAUAACUACAAAAAUCCCCAGGAAUACUCCAACUCACCCAUGCAAUGGGCUGUGGGCGAAAGCCAAUUCGAAUGGCUUGCUAAGAACAAACACCAUCAGGCACUGUUCAACUCGUACAUGUCUAGCCGACGAGAAGGGAAGCCUGUCUGGUUUGAUGUGUAUCCCGUUGAGAGACUCCUGGAUGGAGCCAUUUCUUCUUGCCCGGAGGCCGUCUUUCUGGUUGAUAUCGGCGGAAACCAGGGACAUGACCUGAGCAAGUUUCACAUGCGAUACCCGGAGGUACCGGGUCGACUGAUCCUGCAAGAUUUGCCCAAGAUCGUCUCCGGAGCGCAGAAGCAUCCCGGCAUUGAGACGAUGGGGUAUAGUUUCUUGGACCCACAGCCGAUCAAGCAUGCUCGCACCUACUACUUCCGCGCCAUUUUCCACGACUGGCCAGACCAUAUCUGCUUGAAGAUCUUGCUCAACACGGUCUCGGCUAUGGAUUCCCAGUACUCCCGUAUCCUGAUCGUGGACUUUGUGCUCCCGGACACUAAUGCCCCACUGAUGCAAUCGUCACUGGAUAUCCAGAUGAUGAGCAUUGGGGCUGGUGUUGAGAGGUCUGAGCUACAGUGGAGAGAGCUGCUCGGUCAGGCGGGACUGACGAUCAAUGGAAUCUGGAAUACAAGCCCUGGAAUGGAGUCUGUCAUUGAAGCUGUUCCGGUGUCGGAGGCUUGA